GAUGAAGCAGUCGCUUUUUUUUUUUUUUUUUCCCGGACGGACCCUUCGGAUGCAGUGGGUUAUGCUCAUGCCCAGACACGUAGACGGUGACUUCAUGCUCAUUUUUCAACGCACGUCCAGCGGCUGUCGUGCCUGGGAGGGAAUGGACGGAUGCGCCCGUAUCGUCGGGAAAAGCGACUCUGCCGCCGUCCAGAGCACCGCUUGCUGAUUUAUUUCCCCGACAUUUCUGCAGACGCUUCGGGAGACGCGCGUUUUGCCAGCAUGCUGCGGCGCCGUGCGUGAGCUGCCGAGGACAUCUUUCUCUUUCGUCUUGUAGCAGCGGUGCCUUCACUUACUGCCGUGCUGCUGUGAAAAGGGGGAGAAAAGCUGUAAUCCGAGGAUGACGGAGCCGCGAUCGAUUACAGGGAAAUUAAAAGACUCAGACACUGAGAUCAUCACGUUCUCCUUGCAUGUGGAGGGAUACUGCUGAACCCGAUGACGGUGGAAUCCAUGUAAGCAGCCGACAAUACAAUGAACAACACUCUCUCGCCAUCGGACCUGGUGGAUAUGCCGAGACAGCCGAGCUUCAACGGCACCGGGGGCAUACAGGCGCCUUCAGGUUGGGCCGUGAUCCACACCGCCACCUUGACCUUUUGCUCCCUGCUCCUCGUCUUCAUCUUCUUCCUGGGCUCGUACGGCAACCUCGUGGUGUUCCUGUCCUUCUUCGACCCGGCCUUUCGCAAGUUCCGCACCAACUUCGACUUCAUGAUCCUCAACCUGUCCUUCUGCGACCUGUUCAUCUGCUGCGUGACGGCCCCCAUGUUCGCGCUGGUGCUCUUCCUGGACGCGGGCGCGGGCGACGGCGUGUCCAAGAGCUUCUGCUUCGCCUUCCACCUGACCAGCUCGGGCUUCAUCAUCAUGUCCCUGGAGACGGUGGCAGUGAUCGCCCUGCACAGGCUCCGCAUGGUUCUGGGCCAGCAGCCCAACCGCACCGCCUCCUUCCUCUGCACGCUGGCCCUCACCGCCCUCCUGUGGACCUCCAGCUUCACCAUGGCCGCUCUCCUCACCAUGCGGGCGUACCCGCGCCGAGACGGCCCCUGCUUGCCACACUUUGGACUCGGAAGCGGGCAGGCCAGGGUCGUGCUGUACGUCUACCUGGCGGACUUUGCGUUCUGCGUCUCCGUCGUCUCCGUGUCCUACCUGAUGAUCGCUAGGACGUUGAAGAAAAACGCACAAGUGAGGAAAUGUCCCAUCAUCAGCGUGGAUGCCACGUGCCCGCCCCAGCCUGCGCCUCUGAUUGCGGCGGGCUUUGAGAGCAUGCAGUGUGCCGUUCAAGGCCCUCCUUUGUACCGCAACCAAACGUACAACAAGCUGCAGAACGUACAGACGCACGCUUAUGCAAACAGGAUCGGCCAGCCUGUAGUCCCAGGAGCGGCCCAAGGAGCCACCUGCUGUCAGAUGGUCUCCUCUGUCAACCUAGCCACAGCCAAAGACUCAAAGGCAGUUGUCACCUGUGUGGUGAUUGUCUUCUCCGUCCUGCUUUGCUGCUUGCCGAUGGGGGUUUCACUGGCGCAGGACGUUCUGUCACCAAAAAGCAACUUUACCCACUACCAGUUCGAGCUGUGCGGAUUUGUGCUCAUUUUUCUCAAAUCGGGCAUCAACCCCUUCGUGUACUCGCGCAACAGCGCAGGCCUGCGCCGCCGCGUGCUCUGCUGUGUUCAGUGGGCGGCACUGGGCAUCCUCUGCUGCAAGCAAAAGACUCGACUCCACGCAAUGGGCAAGGGCAGCCUGGAAGUCAAUCGCAACAAAUCCUCCCACCACGAAACCAACUCGGCGUACGUGCUUUCGCCGAAGCCGCCCAGGAGGCUGGUGGACCAGGCGUGCGGGCCCAGUCGCUCCAGGGAGUGUGACAGUAGCCCGAGGGCCACCGGGGCGCGGAAGCCUCGCCUCCCAAGCACGUCUACGCCGAUGAACACCCGCAUCGAGCCGUACUACAGCAUAUACAACAGCAGCCCCUCGGCAGGGCCCAGUUCCCCCACCAGCCUGCAGCCUGUCGGCUCCCAGACGUUUGCUUUCGUCAAGUCGUACGUGGCCAUGCACUACCACACUCACCAAGACGCCCUGCAAGACUUCGACAGCACCUCAGCACACCAGAUUCCCAUUCCCUCAGUUUGACCGCUGGAGUGUUUUUGGGGAGUUUCGCUGCGGCUUUAAACCCCACGUGAAUCAAAAGACAACAUGGCCCGUUUGACGCGUUUAGAAACCAGUAACUUUAUUUUUCUUCUGCUGCGGUUUGUGAGAAUUCUAAGCUUUGCCCACUGAUCCUACGAAGAAGAAGAAAGCACUCUAUUAGUUCAGUGUCAGAGUUUUGCUCGAACAGACGCUGCUGUGCACGCAUGUGCAGUUAUAACCCACAAAGCUAAAGGUUUUAGUUUGAGCACAGCCAAAGACGGCAGCUGAUUGGACUGCUGCAACACCAGGCUACCAACACACCCCGCACAAGUCCACACAACUGUCAGUGGCAUGUUUUUGCACCUUGUCGGACUCUUUGCUUAAGAAAAUGUAUUUGUGAACAUCAUAGACUUUUUAACCCCAAUAAAUGGUUAGCAAUCACUUCA